GAAUCGAUAUCGUUCUUUAACUCAAUAUUUUAAUUCAGGUUUUGGUGCAGAAGAAACCAACCAGACAGAUCAAUGCUGCGGCCAUAUUGUUCAGUGACGAUGAGACCGACGACAAGCGCGUUGUUCGAUCAGCGAAGGAGAAGAGAUACGAAGCUAUGUUCAACCUUAUCAAGUCAAUCAGGAACAGUAAGAAGAUCAAGGAUUUCAACAAGAUGCUCACAAGUUUUGAGGAUUUGCUGAAAGCUUUUGAAAAAGCUAAGCCUGUGAUUGCCAAGGAAGAAAAGGGUGUCAUUCCUAUAUUUUACAUUAGAAUUCUAGUCGAGAUUGAGGAUCUAGUAAACGAAACCUGGGAGGACAGUGUGGGUCGUAAAAGCAUGAGCAAGGUGAACGGAAAGAGUCUCGGAGCUCUGCGUCAGAAACUGCGUAAAUAUAUCCGUGAGAAUCUGGAAGAAGAGGUCGCUAAGUUCCGUGAGAACCCUGACGCCGAAGAUGAAGAGGAGGAGGAGGAGGUGGAAAAGGAGGAGAGUGAAGAGGAAGAAAAGGAGGUUCGUGCUGGAAGUGUUCCCAAGGAGAAGAAGACGAAGAAGAAGGUUGUACAGGACGACGACGAUGAUGAUGACGAGGACGAGUGGCCGAGUAGUAGCGACAGCAGCUCUGAGAGUGACGACGAGAAGCCGACCGGAGGCUACACCAGAGACAUGUUCUUGAAGAAGGCGGUUGAUCCCGAGGACGCGAUAAAGAAGGAGAAGAAGAAAGCUGAGAAAGCGAAGCGGAAGGCGGAUAAGGAUAUGCGCAAGGAGUCUGAUGAUGAAGAUGAGGAUGAUGGUGAGGGAGCAUGGAAUGUGGUGGACAGAACCGCAACCAAGAUUGCCAUGUUCUCCAAGGACGCGGAGAUUACUCACGACCUUGUUGUCAAGAAACUGAUGGAGAUUGUUGCUGCUCGGGGUAAGAAGAAAACGAACAGGAAAGAACAGCUUGAGCUACUCCAUGAACUUUACACCAUCAGCGAAGAUAACAACCUUGGUCCUGGUAUGUCCAUAAAGAUCAAGUUUGCCAUCAUUGCAGCAUUGUUCGACUACAACCCAAAACUCUCUGACGCCAUGAAGCCAGAGAGUUGGGAGAAGUGUAUUGAAGGUGUAAACGAUCUACUUGAUCAAAUGGCUGAACAUACCAACGUGAUCACCACCGGAAACUUGAUCAUGGAGGAGAACGAGAUUCUAGACCAGGAACCCUUCAAGGUUCGUGGAUGUUUCCUGACCGCUGUUGAACGCCUAGAUGAAGAGUUUAUCAAGGUAUUGAAAGCUUGUGAUGCUCACAGCUACGAGUAUAUUGACCGGCUCAAGGAUGAACCUAAGGUUGUUGCAAUUCUAGACAAGGCAGAGCAGUUGGUUCUGAAGAGUGGAUCUCCAUCCGAGAUCUGCAGAAUCUAUCUCAAGCGUAUUGAACAUAUUUACUUCAAGUUUGAUCCUGCCGUUAUUGAGCAGAAGGCCGCGAAAAUUGAAGCUCCCGAGGAUUCUUCUACUAAGAUUAUGGAUCGUCUUUGUAAGUAUAUAUACAGCAAGGACAGCACAGACCGACUAAGAACCAGGGCAAUCCUUUGUCAUAUCUACCAUCAUGCUAUCCAUGACAACUGGUAUGAAGCUAGGGAUUUAAUGCUGAUGUCUCACUUGCAGGACUCGGUCCACCAUUCCGAUCCUGCCACCCAGAUCCUCUACAACAGAACCAUGGUUCAGCUUGGACUCUGUGGCUUCCGUCACGCGGCCAUCAAGGACGCCCACAACGCUCUCCUGGACAUCCAGUUGGGUGGACGAUCAAAGGAACUGAUCGCUCAGGGUCUUCUUCCCCAGAGACAGCACGAACGAUCCUCUGAACAAGAGAAGAUUGAGAAGUCGAGACAGAUGCCGUUCCACAUGCACAUCAACCUUGAGAUGUUGGAGUGUGUGUAUCUUGUCUCCGCAAUGUUGAUUGAGAUUCCCUAUCUCUCCGCUCAUGAGUACGAUGCUCGGCGUAGAAUGAUCAGUAAGAGUUACUAUCAACAGCUAAGGAGCAGUGAGAGACAAGCUUUGGUUGGUCCCCCUGAGAGUAUGAGGGAGCAUGUUGUAGCCGCCAGCAAGGCAAUGAGGAACGGAGACUGGAAGAAGGCCAGGGACUUCAUCAUCAACGACAAGAUGAACGCCAAGGUGUGGGACUUGUUCUAUGACGCAGAUAGUGUUCGUACAAUGCUUUCUCGUAAGAUCCAAGAGGAGAGCAUGCGUACAUACUUGUUCACUUACAGCAAUGUGUACGAUUCAAUCUCCAUCCCGGUGUUAGCUGAGAUGUUUGAACUUGAGGUCAACAACGUCCACGCUCUUGUCAGUAAGAUGAUCAUCAACGAGGAGCUCAUGGCCAGCCUUGACCAGCCCAGUCAGUGUGUAGUCAUGCACAGGACGGAGCCAAGUCGUCUACAGAGUUUGGCUCUUCAGCUCAGCGACAAGAUCGGUCAGCUUGUAGAGAACAAUGAAAGGUUGUUGGAACAGCGGGGGCAGGGUUGGGGUCAGAGGAACUGGGAGAACCGUGGAGAGCGUGGUGAGAGGGGAGGACGGGAGGGAGGAGGAGGUGGAGGAGGAGGUGGAAACUAUAGAGGUGGGAGGGGAGGAGGAGAUCAAGGAAACUACAGGGGAAGGGGCGACAGAGAUAGGGGAGGAUUCAAAGGAGUUAGUUUCCGUGGAGGGAGCGGUGGUAAUUUCAGAAGCAACGAAAGGUCCCAGACCUAUGGAAAAGCUUGGAACUAAUCCAUCAAUGAGUUUUCCCGAGAAAGCUGCCGCAUACUAUCGUGGUUUCCUGGACCGUUUAUAUAAAGUUGCAGACCUCGUAUCUUCCAGCUCCAAUCCAACCUUACUGCAAUCCCAGUACCUCCAGCCAGAC